CACCAGGCUUCCCAUCAACACUCAACAAUUAUCACUGAACUUCGACUCCAAUCAAUAUAUAUCAUGAUUUCCCCAUUUCUUCUGCUAUCUCUCCUUACCCUCAGUUGGGCUUCACCUGCUCCCCUUACUCCCCUCUCAAUCUUUAACGACAAUUCCAUCAAAACCGUUAACCAGCCCGACUCUGGACUACUUAAUUUCACCCUUCAUUCCAGGGAUACUCUUGAGAAGAGAGCCUUGACUCUAGCCUACCUGCUAUGCGAUGUCACUUUCAACGGCCGCAAUAACGCAAACUGGCAACCUUUCCAAGUCAAGGGCGAGUUAAUGCUCGUUCAGGGAAUCCCUUCCUCUGGAACCACGAACGGCGCGAACCCAUAUGAUGUAGUUAUCUCAAUUGGCACCCCUAUUUCGAACCCGGUGGCCGGAAGCAUCAGCUAUGUCACUAAUCGAUAUCUCAAUCCGUUCAUCAGCGGUCGUCGGGAUCUGACACGUCUUGACUUUGCAAGAGUCUCUGCUACAUCCAACACGGUAACAGUUAGUGUUGAUACAUCUCUUGCUGCUGCAAACCAGAUUUCUGUUUUCAAUGCACGGAGUGGAUUUACUGCCAAUAUUUAUAACCCGGCUGCUGGGGGCUUCAAUCUGGUUUUUGGAAACAAUGGUGCGAUUUCGGGUAAGAUUGGUAUUACUGGAAGAGCACCUGUUUCUGGAGGCCAAGCACCAUAUCAGGCAAUUAUCAGUGGAAAGGUUAAGCAGAAAGGAACAUUUACGCUUUAGACAGCUUGGUUAUAUUAUAACUA